CCUUGACCGAGGGCCGACAAGUACAAGAGGUAUAUAAAAACUCCUACUUACGUUUUCAGAUUGUAGCCCCAAUCUGCCAAAAUGUCCCCCACUCCUCAAUGGGUCAAGGACCUGAAGCCGUCUUCUCCUCAAGGCAGCGAGCUUAUUCAGGCGGAACGAGCAAAGUCCAAGAUCGCUGUUGAGAAGUUGUCCAAUUUUCUCUUCACCAAAGAAGUCCUCGAGCGCCAGGACAGGAUCUUAGGUAUUCUCAAAGCCGAGAAAGUCUUCGACAAGUCGCAGAAUUAUUUCGAUGGCCGAGUGGAUAGAUUCAAAACCGCCUUGGCCCGGGCGAAGCGGUUGCGGCAACUGCAAGUCAAGCACAAUUGGGAUCGAGACGAAUAUAUGAUGGCCAACGAGUUGAUCAGCGAACCUGGACCAUACGGUCUCCAUGCGAGCAUGUACUUGACCACUCUUCGAGAUCAAGGAACCUCAGAGCAACACAAACUCUUCCUCGAACCUGCCGAGAAAUAUAAAGCCAUUGGAUGUUAUGCACAAACCGAAUUGGGCCAUGGAUCGAAUGUGCGUGGUCUCGAAACGACAGCGACAUGGAAUCCAGAAGACAAGACCUUCAUCCUUCACUCUCCACAUUUGACAGCAUCAAAGUGGUGGAUUGGUUCUCUGGGACGAACAGCAAAUCAUGCUGUCGUAAUGGCACAACUGAUAAUUGGAGGCAAGCCAUACGGGCCCCAUCCUUUCGUCUGCCAAAUUCGAGAUAUGAAGACCCACGAACCGCUGGAAGGUGUUCAUGUUGGAGAUAUUGGCCCAAAAUUCGGCUAUAACACCAUGGACAAUGGUUUCCUGCUCUUAAACAAAGUCAAGAUUCCACACGUCAACAUGUUGGCACGCUUCUCAAGUGUAGAUCCGGAAACGAACAAGUAUGUGAAGCCAUCGUCCCCGUCAUUGAUUUACGGUACCCUCACUUGGGUGCGGUCAACAAUCGUCCUUCAAUCUGGCGGUGUUCUGGCUCGUGGCGUCACCAUUGCUACAAGAUAUGCUUCAGUUCGACGUCAAUUCCAAGACCGUGAUGCACCCUCCAACGCUGAUGGAGAGAAUCAGGUUCUUAACUACACUAUGGUUCAAUUCAGAUUACUCCCCCUGCUUGCUUCUACCUUUGCAUUGCACUUCACAGGCAAGGCCAUGAUGGCUCUGUAUCAAGAAAACCAGAAGAUGAUGCAAGCCGAUGCUGGUAAAGCGUCUGAUACAAAUAGAGGAGCAGGACCAGAAGAGACUCACUCAGGUAGUGACCUACUUGCUGAUCUGCAUGCAACUUCAUGUGGUCUCAAAGCUCUUGGCAGCACGACUGCUGCUGAGGGGCUCGAAGUCUGCCGUAGAGCCUGCGGAGGACACGGUUACAGCAGCUUUGGCGGUAUCGGAGCAUGGUAUGCGGAUUAUCUUCCAACCACCACCUGGGAAGGUGACAACUAUAUGCUGACCCAGCAAGUUGCUCGAUACCUCCUGAAAUCUGCUCGUGCUGUCUUGAAAGGCAAUGCACCUAACAAUGAUACUACCAGAAUUUUUACCACCUUUCUUCAAAAGCAGGACAUGGGUGCCGCUCAUGAUGUCCUGGGCUCAGACAGCGAUCUGGUAGCAGCCUUCGCAUGGCGAACAUCCUUCUUGACAUUCGAAGCUCUUAAGCAUCGUGAUGCCGAAAAGAACUCCUGGAAUUCGCUCUUAGUUGAUUUCUGGCGCCUUAGUACUGCCCACUCGCAGUAUCUUGUGGUCAAGAACUUUUACGAUGCUCUCCAGAGUGAAAGUCUCCGCUACGAGGUCGACCCAGUAACAAUCGAUGUCAUGCAUAAGCUUUUCCGCCUUUAUGCUUUAAACACAUUAGAGAAAGAAGCUUCCGAAUUCUACUCGUCUUCAGCUGUCACAGUCCGUCAAAUCCAACUGGCCAGAACGAAGACAGUCAUGAAGCUACUCGAAGAGAUUAGACCACACGCACUGAAACUUGUGGAUGCUUGGCACUUCCCUGAUUGGCAACUGGAUUCUUCUUUGGGUCGCGCAGAUGGAAAGGUUUAUGAGGAUAUGUUUUACAGAGCAAGUGAGUUGAAUCCUUUGAACGGGUUGACCGUCGACCCAUAUCCGGAUAGCGAUGUUUUGACCAAAAAAGAUGAGACUACGAAGUUCAAGAGUAAGUUGUAGAGGGUUUUAGGCCACACGGCUCCUGUGUAUAUUAUCUAGAAGGCUAUGAAUGUAAAUAAGUCCUUAGAUCUGAAGGUGUC